GGCGUCGAUGAUUUGUUCUGUUGACGUUCUCGAUCUUAUUAUACAUCACUAAUCAAGCAUUAUGGGGUUAGGGCUCCGUCUGUUUGUGCUCCUGUUAAGCUUGUUGGCGCUCAUCUCCUUGGGCACUAUAAUAUUCACGAAGGGAUUUCUGUUGAAAAGGACUGUCGUGAACAAAACCAGCGAAUGCAGCGUAGAUUUCACGAUACAGUCAGAGCGUCACGGGGAAGAAGGGUGCUGGAUGCAUCGGCGUUACAGAAAAGCCGUACUAAUCGUAAUUGAUGCGCUGAGAUACGAUUUCAUGCUGUUCAAUUCCUCCCUGGCUGACGAUACAGCCCAAUACUUUGAAAAUAAACUGCCUGUUUUGUACGAGUUGCUCCAAAGAAAACCUCUAAACAGUCGUCUGUAUAAAUUUGUAGCAGAUCCACCGACAACCACACUGCAAAGACUGAAAGGGUUGACCACCGGCAGUUUGCCCACUUUCGUCGAUGCUGGAUCAAACUUUGCCAGCUAUGAAAUCACAGAGGAUAAUGUCAUAGAUCAGCUACGGAAGUUAAACAAACGCAUCACAUUCAUGGGAGACGAUACAUGGAUGGGCUUGUUCCCAGGCAGGUUCCAGCGAAGUUUUCCAUUCCCAUCAUUUGAUGUAAUGGAUCUACACACAGUUGACCAUGGCAUUCUGGAGCAUUUGCUGCCAGAGCUGAGACGGAGUGACUGGGAUGUGGCGAUUGCUCAUUUUCUGGGUGUGGACCAUUGUGGUCAUCGUUUUGGACCCUCACAUAUUGAAAUGUCCAAGAAACUACGACAAAUGGACAUUAUGCUAAGGUCCAUUGUGGAGCAGAUGGAGGAAGACACGGUGUUGUUUGUGAUGGGUGAUCAUGGUAUGACCAGAACUGGGGAUCAUGGUGGAGACAGCCAGAGUGAGCUAGAAGCAGGUCUGUUUAUCUACAGCCCAGCUCAGAUUACUGCCACACCCCUGCCCAAGGACCCGUCUCAGUAUGGUACAGUCUCCCAGAUUGAUUUGGUGCCAACACUGUCUCUACUGCUGGGGGUGCCCAUACCUUUCUCUAAUCUAGGGACGGUGAUGAUGGAGUUGUUCAAUCAUUGUCCAUGGUGGAAGACAGGCAACAGCAAGAUUAAGCAGACGUAUCAUUCGCUGAAGGCGCUGCGUCUGAACGCCUAUCAGGUGAAUGGGUAUUUGGAGGCUUACAAGCCCUUGGCCGGUGAUUUGGACGUCGGUCAGCUGGAAAAGCUGCAGAAGCUGUUCAUCCAUUCUGAAGCUGAUCUACAGAACCUGCUUACCGCCAUGGUGAAAAACAACGACAACAGGGACGUGGAGCGAAGAAUGCAAAUUCUAGAGGAUCACUAUUUUACCUACUUAAUGGAGUUAAAUCAUUGUGCAGAGAAAACAUGGGCUAAAUUUGACAUGGGCUCUGUGUAUCUUGGCUUGACUGUGGUGUUCGUGAGUGUGGCAGGGACGGUAGCUCUCCUGGUGUUGACCAACACUGGCCAAGAGACAGUCAGCUGGAAGAUGUACCUGUGUGUCGGUGGCUGUUUGGUUAUCACAGUAUUUGGCGUUGUCCAGAAGUCAUACAUGUCUAACAGCUCAAUGCCCUUCAUUCUUGGAACUUUUGAUCUUCUUGUUUUUGUGUUCAUGGUCUUUGCUGUUAUGAACAUGUCACAGAAAAAGAAAGAAGGCCAUACAGAUUCAGAUUCAGGAAAAAUGGCAGAUAUAGUAAAGCUGCCAAAACUGGAUACACUUAUAUCCUGUGUAGUUUGUUUUCUAACAUUUGUCAGCUAUUUUUCUAACAGUUUUGUUGUCUAUGAGGAUAAACUAAUGACAUUUCUAACGCAGACCCUGCUGGUAGUUCUGAGUUUUUUUGCUGCAGCAGACAUUUUUUACCGUGAGAAAGCAGCAGAUAUUGACAGAAGAGAGAAAAGUGGGCCUCAGAAACGUCCCCACAAUUUUGAUGUGAUCAAACUGCUUACACACCCGAGCUGUAUGACUUUGAUUCUGGCAGUUCUUAUGAUGAUUUGUGUGCGAGCGUCAUCUGUAUUUCACGCUUGCCGAGAGGAACAGGUCAACUGUGAAAUUUCAGCUUUUCUGGAACCGUUGUCAGAGUCAAAUUCACGGAAUGCUCGCUAUAUGUUCAGCAUAGCAUGCUUAGUGAUCACAGUAUUUAGUAGUAGACUUUGGCUGCGACAUUUUGGUAAUUUGAAUGGUAACUCUUUUCCCGUACUCUGUGCACGAUAUGCGAUACCUGCAGCUGCUGUGUGCCUAGCUCUGCACUGGGCUUUAACAGGACUUCCAGCAAAAAUACUGGAUUCCUUAGAACCCUGGCAACAGGUGGCACUGCCGAGAGCUGCAUACUUUUUACUAGGGCUGUGUUUAGUUGCCAUUUUGUUUUCCCCGUUGUGUAUUUAUAAGCUGCCGACUACAAAUGAUCACGAGUUCCAGUUAUACCCUGGUCUUUCUAGAAAUCAAAUAAUCCCAUCUUUAUUCAGUCAUGUUAAACAGAACUUCAGACAACAGUUAGCCAAUCAGAAGUCAGAGGACAAGCCGCCUGUUGUAUAUGGCCUUGGAUCAAUGUACAGUGCCUCCAUUGUGUUUCUGGUCACUGUGUGCUGUUUGUUGAUCAGUUUGUUAUUAGGGGAUGGGAUGUCUCCCUCGGUUUUCCUGAUGCUACUUGUCCAGUUUCUGUAUUUAGAACUUUGUGCUCAAUUAUAUGGACACAAAUCUUCAGAGGGUGUAUCCAUCUUUAUGUUGCCUGUCAUCGGCUGGGGACUUCUCACUUCUCUCUUUUUCUACAACUCUGGUCACCAAGCAACGGUCACCACAAUCAGAUGGGAGGUGGCCUUUACAGGUUUCCAUGGAAACCAUGAGAGUAACAUUGUACCAGCAGUGCUGGUUGCCCUGAACACCUUCAGUUCUUACAUCCUCUUCACAGUUGCCUCCCCUUUGUUGCUCUUCAGUCAGAGAGUGCGCACAGGACUUAUCACCGUCUUCUCUAAAGCUAAGUUGGAUGUGCCAGAAAAGGGGGACUUCAGUUUGAAUGAAGAGCCAGCUGUGUUGAGAACUGCCAUUUUCCGGCUUUUUCUGUCAAUAAUCUUGUUUCAGUGUCUCAAGUUAUUUGCCUCCAUGUGUGCUGCAGCGCUUCACAGACGUCAUUUGAUGGUAUGGAAGAUAUUUGCUCCACGAUUUGUGUUUGAAGCCACAUCUUCAUUCUUGGUGUUUGAACUUUGCUCGCUGAUGUAUUUAUUUGUUCUGCGAGUGGAUUCUGCCCUUAACAGAUGGGUAUCCUGUCUGGCAGAAACACAGAAAACAAAAUGAUUCUGAACAUUUUACACCUUAAUGAUCUGUGUGUUCAUAGAAAAUUUACAGGAAAGAAUUUGUU